ACGCAAAGUUGUGGGGUCCCAGCCAGAGAGUUUGCUCCUUGGUCUUCAAAGGGUUAAAAGGAAGGAAAUGGCUUCCUAGAGAGAAAGGAAAUGAGGAGGAGUCCUCCAGUGCAAAGGGCCAUGCCCAUCGUGGGAAUCCUGCUUGGAGGGAAGCCGGAGGUUGAGACACCCGGAGGGAGCGAAGAGCCGAUCGUGGGCUGGAGCCGGUGCCUAAAUCAGGAGCUGGACGUUUCUCUAAACUCUGCCCGGCCGCCUUCUGCGGACCGGCCUUUGUCCUCCUGCCCGCUCCGGGGGGAUCUGGAUCUAUUGACCUUGGAAAAGGUAGGUGUCUGUUUCACUGAGGAGGAGUGGGCCCUGCUGGAUCACACGUGAAAGGACCCUGCUCAGCAAAGUCAUGGAAGAACAUUGUGGAAUCGUGGCCCACUUGCGUGAGGAUCCUUCUUGUCCCGGGAGAUGAAAGAUCCAGAUGUGUAGAAGGGGGAAAGCAGAGAACAAAAACUGUUGCAAGCCAGAACAGGAAGGGAAAAUCCUUUUUCUCACGAAGUGGUGAUGUCUCUGAAAUCCGAAUCCAAGAGAAAACAGACAAAGAAAAGGUGUAAGUGCCCUUUGUGUGGGGGCAGCUUCAUCUGUAAAUCAAGCCUUGAAAUCCAUAACAGAAGUCACACGGGAACGAAAUUGUUUAAAUGUUUCAAGUGUAGUAAGAGCUUUUCUACUAAUUCAUACCUUAAGGAAUACAUCAGAAUUCGUACAGGGCAGACAUCAUAUAAAUGCUCAGAGUGUGGAAAGAACUUUAGUAGAAAAAAACCUUUUAUUUUGCACCAAAGAAUUCACACAGAGAAGAAACAAUAUACAUGCGUAGAAUGUGGAAAAAGCUUUCCUCAGAAAGAGUUCCUCAUCAUGCAUCAAUUGAAUCAUACAGAGGAGAAAAUGUAUAACUGCCUGGAGUGUGGAAAGAGCUUCAAUCAGACUACAGCCCUCAACAGACAUCAAAGAAUUCACACAGUGGAGAAACCAUAUAAAUGCCUGGAGUGUGGAAAGAGCUUCAAUCAGACUACAGCCCUCAACAGACAUCAAAGAACUCACACAGGUGAGAAACCAUAUAAAUGCCUGGAGUGCGGAAAGAGCUUCAGUCAGAGCACACACCUCAUUUACCAUCAAAGAAUCCACACCGGGGAGAAACCACAUAAAUGUUUGGUGUGUAGCAAGACCUUUUGCCACAAAGGAUACCUGAAAGCACACCUAAGGACUCAUACAGGAGAGAAGCCAGUUAAAUGUUCAGAGUGUGAUAAGAGCUUCAGUCAGAGCGCACAACUCAUUUACCAUCAAAGAAUCCACACAGGGGAGAAACCAUAUAACUGUUCUGAGUGUGGAAAGAAUUUUAGUAGGAGAAACAGUUUUCUUUUCCAUCAAAGAACUCACACAGGAGAGAAACCAUAUAAGUGCUUGGAAUGUGGAAAGAGCUUCAGUGUGAAAACAGCUCUCAACAGACAUCAAAGAAUUCACACAGGAGAGAAACCAUAUAUAUGCCUGGAGUGCGGAAAUUUUUUUAAUCAGAGCACACACCUCAUUUACCAUCAAAGAAUCCACACAGGGGAGAAACCAUAUAAAUGUUUGGUGUGCACGAAGAGCUUCUGUCAUAAAGGAAACCUGAAAGCACACCUCAGGAUUCACUCAGGGGAGAAACCAGUUAAAUGUUCAGAGUGUGGUAAGAGCUUCAGUCAGAGCGCACAACUCAUUUACCAUCAAAGAAUCCACACAGGGGAGAAACCAUAUAAAUGCUCAGAGUGUGGAAGAACUUUAGUAGGAGAAACAGUUUUCUUGUGCAUCAAAGAACUCACACAGGGGAGAAACCAUAUAAAUGCUUGGAAUGUGAAAAGAGCUUCAGUCAGAGAUCAGACCUCAACAGACAUCAAAGACUCCACACAGGUGAGAAACCAUAUAUAUGCCUGGAGUGUGGAAAGAGCUUCAGUGAGAAAAAAGUCCUUAACAGACAUGAAAGAAUUCAUACAGGGGAGAAGCCAUGUAAAUGCUUGGAGUGUGGAAAGAGCUUCAGCCAGAAGAUAUAUCUCACUGAUCAUCAAAUAAUUCAUACUGAGGAGAAGCCAUAGAAAUACUUCGGGCAUGGAGCUUUGCUUAGAACAGAAACCGGACAAUGCAUUAAAUAAAUUGCUAAUGGAAAAACUAUAAAAAUGCUCAGGUUGUUGCAUGGUGGCGCCAACUCCCUCCCCCCCACUCCUCAAAUCCUUUUUAUCAGGAACCACGAAAAAAAAUCUCCACACCUCCUUAUGGGCGUUGACAGUGUUAAUUGCUCAAUUCCAGAGGUUGCUCUUUGCCUUGGUGUCAAAUGGCCAUGCUCCUCAUUAUAUCGAAAGGCCCAACCUGUCUGGGAAAUUUGCUUUCCUGCUCAUCUCUGCCCUAGAAAUACAGGAGUAAAAGCAGGGCUGUUCCUCUGUGAAAUUUUGACAUCCCCGAUUUGGAACGCACUGAUAGUUUACAUGUACGUUUUGAGACUUCUCUUUAGGAUGGCCUAGUGUAGGGUUAUCGAGAGAGUAGGUAGGUUUUAUUAUUUUAUAUGCUAUCUGUUUGCUUUCUUCCUCUCCACGUUGUUGUAAUGUGUUUUAAGUCUUUAUUAUUUUGUUAGUCACCUCGAGCAGAUGUGUGUAGAGUUGGUUUUUAUGUA